AUGGUUUCAUGUUUUGAGCCCCGCAAAGAUCUGAUGAACAUUCAGUCAAGUCAGCAAAUUGAGAUAAACGGCAACAACAAAAACAACAGAAACAAUCCACACGCACAGCAACAGAACGGCAGAUACCCAGCAGCUGACCAAAGCAGUCGUGGCCAGGAAGCUGACGAGGUUGAUCGCGCGGACGGCUACAAACAAGAAAGCGAUAUUUUUGAUGCAUAUUUUGCCAGGGUACGAGAAUCUAACUCGAACAUGCCUCCGCAGAAAUACAAACACCAUAGAAGCAGCCACAACGUCAACAACUACCACAACAUCAUCAACCACUACAACAACAUCCAAGACAGCAACAACAUUUCAAACAACGACCAAAAAAGGCAGAGGAAGAGUAGAACAAAAAGUGGAGACAGAGUUUUGAGGAGGCAGGAGAACGUUGACCUUGAUGAUGACGAGUUGGAUCUCAGCUACCCAUUCAACAGAGCCAGCACAGGUUUCGAAGAGAGCAGCCAUGAAAAGAGUAACAACCACAUCAAUGGUGAAAUUAUUCGUCGAAGCAGUAGAAUGAUUUUGAAGCCCGGCGCUAACGUGUACACUCCAACACAGCCAUCAACGAACAAUCAAAUCAGAAGAACGAGUGCACCGAUACAACGAGUGCCUCUCUUGCAACAAAACUGCGACCAAUCGGCAACUCCAAAUUAUUCAAAGUCCAAAAGUAGACGAACUCAGAGUUGCAAAUACAAAAGAUCUGAAGGGACCUGCUACAAAUACGACAACAGAGUGAUGCAUGGUGUCCGAGACAUGAGGACGCCCCCACCGCCGCCGUUGAAACAACCCAAGUGGAAACCCAAUGCAGACCAACAAAAUAUUUACCCGCCCUUCAUCAACAACAAUUUCAAUUAUAACAACAAAUCAACACCAGACUACCUGACCAAAAGUUUAAGAUUUUUUGCGGAUGAUCCAGUAGAGAAGAAGUUGCAGUUGGUGAAGUUGAUGCAGGACCUCGACUGCACGGUGGUCCGAACGUUCACCACAUCUUCCAAAGGAAUUGUUCACAGAGGCGAUUCUUUCAGAAGAAAGUCCGAAGCAACUCCUGAUAUCGUCAAGUCCGCCAUGGCAUCAGCCAGCAAUCUCCUCUGCUCUGCCUCCACAUUUAAAAUGAUUUCAAAGUUAACCAUAGAAGAGAUAAUUCCAAGUGGUAUGAAAGAAAUAACGAGGCGAGAACAUGCCGUCACGUCCACAGCGUGUUUCACUCAAGUGCCUUCGUAUGUUUCUGCAUUCCUCUACAUGUGA